AUAAUACUAUUUUUGAAAUCUAUACCCAUUGAGUGGGCUUUUACAUUCUUUAUCUGGCCGAUAUAUCCCGCGCCGCUGCCGACGUAAUGGCGACUCCAGGAGCAACGCAGGCCCUUCUGGGCGCCUUUUUCUUCGGUAUCUUGUUCAACGCGGCGUCGGCUGCCCUGGUAUUGUACGUUAUAGGUCACGGUUCAGCAAUCUUUCGGGACGGUCUGAGGCUGGUCCUCAUAUUAUUUCUCUUGUCUUCUGCCGCUUGGGCGCUGGUCGAAUUCCUCGCAACUAUCAUCGAGCCAACCGCGGGCACCUCGUGUCAGGUCGCUGCUGUAUUUUCGUCUGUUUUCGAUCAGCUAGGAAAGAUUUUCAUCGAACAGUACUUGAUAUGGGCGACACGAGUGGAAGGAAAGAAGGCGGUUUUGAGUUUGGUGCCGCAAAUUCUGCUUCUUGGACGAUUCGGCGUCGGUAUGGCUUUCAUAGGGCUUACGGGAAACGAGUUCAGCCCUACCUGUGUGCCUAUAUCCAAAGUAGUUCCGGUCGCUAUCACCGUCAUCGUGUUAGAUUUUGUUAUAGUCGGCCUACUGGCUAUUCAAGUUUUGUCUAUGGGCUCGACGAAGGACAGUGCAAGUAGCUCACGUGUUCCUAAGAGGAAUGUUGGUAUGGUCGUCAUUGGUCUAGGAAUAUGGAUAGGGACGAGCGUGGUCCUCCUCCUAGGCAUGAAGUCGACAGAAUUAGUACUGAAAACAACGCUCCCUGCGCUUGGUUUGGCAAUCCUAGUUGCGUUGGUUACUGUACUCUCGGGAACGCUUGUUAUUCCUCGGGGACCACCUCCGCGACGACCAGACUCUCCGAUGACUCGGGAUAUGGGUAGGGAUUUGUCGUCUUCAGACUCUGCUGAAUACCCCCCAUCUCGCUAUGAAGAUGUGAAGGGCGUAACUGCUACAAUGGCCAUGGCCGCAUAUGCCGCCCCUAACGAUAGUUCUAUGCCCACCGUCUCGUUCCCUAUCACACCAACUCCUGGUGAUGAUCAGGGUAGAGUUAAGAAAUACAUGAAGGUCAAGGGUACAACAGGCAAGCUCGUAAUUUCGAAGCCGGUUAUUGUGGAACAAGAAGGCAUGAACAAUCCCCUAGAAAGGAUACCAACAGUCGACCUUGCCACAGCCGCGAAUUAUGAAAGGGAACGGCGUAUCAGGUUAGCACAGCGUGGGUCGACUCUUAUUGCACAACGACCAGCUCCGCAACCACCGAGUGCCGGAGGACAAAACGGAAUGCUUUCUAGAGAAAUCAGCACGAGACGGAAGCAAGUCGCACCUGCAACCUUGGCGCAAUUGGAGAGAUCCGUUUCGAACGAGACUACCAAGACGACUACAGGACUUUCCGUCGAAGCAAACGCAUUAUCUACUUCAUCAGAAUUGUCACCAGGGGCCGAGAAGGUUCGGAGGAGAUCGCCUCGUCAGCCCCCUGCGCCACCAAUCCCGUCAACCUUCCAACCGAUUCGACCUGGUGAUCCAAUUCGUAUACCGAUUCCCAGGCCUCGAACCCCGCCUGAGUCGCCAAAGACUGAAUCGGUGAAGACUCCUCUGCAACGACGUCCGACAAUAGGAUUACCGUCGAACCCUCGGGCGCAAGCAAUGAAGGCAGCAAGUGAUGGCGAAAGCCAGAGACAAGAAACCGUGAUGUUCGUCAACAACAUUGUUUACGAUGAUCCGAGUGUUGUUGAUAAUAUCAUGCAAGGAGCUUCGAAGACGCCGAUGGCACCCUUGAACUCGCGUGACUCGGUUGUUAACCGUCCGCGCCCAAUUCCUCGAAAGGGAGACAAAGAUCGACAAGUUUUCCCCGCUGAGCUAUCACCUAGCCAGAACCAUAGGCGAUCAAAGUCGGUCGGCUCAGGUGCAAGUAGGAAGUCUAUCCUUCAGUCCAUGCCUGGAAGCCCUACUCAGCUACCUCCAUUGCCGCCACCUCCUAAGAGUGCCGGCAGUGUGCCACGGCCUCUUCCUAAUGAUACGAAGAGCAUGACGUUCGACGAGAAAAUGAAUCUCCUAUACAGCACUCCACUUAGCGCUUCUUCGGUAACAAAUACUGCAGAAAAGCGACGGUCUGAAGUCCCUCAAAUUCCGCCCUUACCAGCGACAUACAUGGUAGAUGCACAGCCGCCCAAGGCUGAAAGCAUCCCUGAGCCCGACUCUAAUAGCGAAAGGAGAAUAUCCAAGACAACUGAUAGGAGUUCAAUCCGCACUACGAGUAUUCUCGGUAUCGAGGAUAUCCCGCAGCGACUUCUGCCAAAAGCUGAUAGCUCCCGUAAUGCGGUUGAUGAAGUAGGACAGUCUUGGCUUCCAGGGAUUUCGGUUGAAAAUGAAAGACAAAAACGACCGUCUGAUAAAAAGAGCAAUCGGAAAUCCUCCCCUGUUCUCCCGGAGGCAAGUCACUUCAGCGUGUCGUCUAUGAAGACUGAAAGCAGGGUCAGAGACGAUGACAGGAGCACUAUCUGGGGUUCCGUGCACUCCCCAGUUGCUGCUGUCCAUAUUCAACAGGCACGACGACUUAACGCCCGUUCAACGUACAUUCAAAACUCCCAGAACUCCCGCAUUCCCGAGGAACCGGUAGAGCGAAGUUCAUAUGCAAAUAUCCCCGACGAAGUUAUGGAAGUUAUGUUGGAUAUAUCGGAUAGUCCGGUCGAUCAACAGGAGUCUCCCGAGAAGGCCGUGCAAGAAUUGCCCACUUUCCAUCACCGAGUUGGCGAAGAGUGUCCGACGUUCUCUGCCAGAAAGGACAAGAUACGGUCGAGGAAGAUGCCUCCGCCGGCUCCCCUCGCCCUAAGCAGAAAGAACAGCAAAAGGGCAAUAAUAGUUCAGCCUGCAGAACCCUCGCCACUGGAGUCGCCUGAGGCCGCAUACCAGAUGAUUCAAGCUCAGUUACAGAGAUUCGAACAGCCGAACCGGGACUCAGCCGGGAGCCAAGGAGGGCGCCUAGCGCUGUUAGAGAACCUAGAGCGUGAGAUGGGCCAGCUGGAAAACAGAUGGCAGAACCGUGUUGACCGUGAUUCUAUGUCGAGCAUUGGCACUACAACAUCAAAAGGUUCCCGCCCACCUUCAAUAGCCGAGCGCAGAGCAUCUCGGAGGGCAUCCCUGCGCAACGCGGCCUUGCGAUCUAAAAGCCAAGAAACGACCGGUACACCUUCAUCCCAAAGCUCAGGAACGAGCUCCGAAAACACACAGGCCAGUGCCUGGCAAUCUCGUCUUGCCGAGGCUCAAAUGGAAUACAUGAAAAGCACUCCCGACCUACUUAUGAAGCGCAACAAUCUUAAUUUCCUCUCUGUUUCCAAAGCUGCACUGGGCAGCCCAAGUCCUCCCGACACUGACGAGUCUGACUACGACGAUGAGGUGCCUGGUAGCGUUCAACAACUGCGGCCGACGGUGUUCAAGCCGGCGACUCAGGUGCAUGAGCUCUGGAAACCGCAGUCGCCUGUUAAAUAUCCGGUCAGCUCAGGGCUCUGGGUACACGUAGCUAAGAAGUCCGAGAGAGUGAGCGAGGUUCAUGAACUUCCGGGCCUAUCUGUACGUCCGGCGAUUAGAAAAGCCCGGGAUUCGCUAUUAAUAGAAAGUUCGCGAUUAUGGGAGAAGCCGGCCAAGAACAGCAGCACUAGCGCUAUGGAAGGACUAUGGAAGAAGUUUGAUCCCUCAGGAUCGAGCGGGACCGCUACCCGCCGCGUCACUAUUCGUCCGCCUCGAAGGAACAAGCGCGCCACCCUCUUGCCUGAUAUCCUAGAAAAUCCCGAGCCCUUGCCAGACAAACGAGGAACUCUAGGUCUUUUCCAAUUCCCUUGGGGAGAAAAGAGCGAAAAUGCCAGCAUUCAACCUCGACCGGCUCGCCCGUUCAUGGCCAUGCCUGGAACUAUGACCACAGGGGGACCAAAGAUUAACGCCGUCUUGGAAGCUAGGUCCAAACAAUUGGAAGCGGAAGAAUUCACGACUUCAUUCUUCGACGAUUACGAAGCGGAAGAAGAAGGUGACAACUUCGAGUUCUCGGAUAGUGAUAACGGAGACGACUUUGACGAGAGUACACUCUGGGAGAUUGCCAACUUGUUAAAGAGCGAAAACGUACCUUCGAAGAACAGCUUACUUCCUUUACCGCUGCAAAGUCCAGCUUACGCCACCUCUCCGGUGUCUUCGACCAACGUUGUUGAACAGCCAGCUGAGGAGUAUCGUGAUGAUGCUCUAGUGUUGGAGGAGCCGAUUCCAGCAGACCGUCUACCCCGCCCGACUUCGGAAUCCACAUUAGUUCAACCUUUGCUCUGGACCCAGCCAGAAGCUCUUACAGUUUACACUGUCGGUCUACCACAGCCCGAUUCAACCAUGUGGAAGAGUUACAUCGCAGAGCCCGCGAAAAUGGCUCGAUCCAAAUCCCAAUUUGAAGAUAUCCCUCCCAUCGAAAGCAACGAAUUAUGGAAACCAAACCCCAGCAACGGCAAAAUGACAAGGACCGGGUUACUAUGGAGCGCAAGCAAGCCAGUCCACGAAACCUCAGCCGUGUCACCGAAGACGAAGGCUGUUGCACAUAGCAAGUCUUUGUGGGUACGGCCUAUCGCUACUUUAACUUCGGAUAUUAGGGGCCUAUUCAGCCCUAGCCACUCUAGGGCUGACUACCGAAGCACUUCCAAAGUGCCUGCUGCGCUCGUGAUGGAUAGGAAGCCUCGCGUGGUCGAAGUACACCUGGAAAAGCUGACCUCGAGAUCUCUCUGGACGGGACAAGCUGCGACUAAGUCUUCGUUAAUGUGGGAGAAGCCCAGUGUCAUCCAUGCGACUGAGCGCGAUGGCCUAUUCGACAGCAAUGAGGCCAGAUCCGACUUUCGCAGGACCACGAAAGAGCCUGCUGCUAUUUCUACGAAAAGAGUUACUCGCACAAUCGAGAAGCCCUUAGCGAGAUUGAGCACGAACAACCUAUGGUCUCCGGAAAUUGUCGCCUCGCCGCAACCUGUCAAAGGCGCCCAGUUAUUUGUGUCCAAGAAGUCAAAGGUGGCUACUCGGCCGGUUGACACGAUCAAGGUUCAAUCAAUCCCCUUGUGGCAUAAGCCAGAAACGAGCGCAGAGUCUGAGUACGAAGGACUAUUUGAUGCUAGCGUUGUCAGAAACAAUUAUCGGAGAACUUCGAAGGCCCCGGCUGCUAUCUCAAUGCCCAAGAAACCUCGUGUAAGCAAGGAACCAUUGCCUGUGCUCACAACCGCUAGCCUUUGGACUGGAGUGUCUUCGGAGUCCGAGCCCGAGUCUGAUGUUCCCGCCGCUGAGUUAAUCGAGACACGCGAAGUUCCAGUGUCGAUUAUAACCAAGUCCAUGUGGGAAAAGUCGACCUUGCCAGUCUCAAGCUCGGAUUUCGAAGGUCUAUUCAACAGCAACGUUUUCAGGCUUGAUUAUCGAAGAACAUCUAAGCUCCCGGCUGCGAUCGACAUGACCCGAACGCCUCGCAAGAUGGAAGAAUCCCUUCCAGUUCUAACGAGCAUAAGGCUUUGGGAAAAGCAAUCCGAAUCGAGCUACAUCCCCAUCCCUACUGGUGUUUCUCUAUGGAACAAGCCUAUCUCGUCGAUGCCCACUUCGUCCGGUCUCUUCCAGGUCGACCCGACUCGCAAGGUGUAUCGAACAACCUCAGCAGAGCCAGCUGCGCUACAAAUGGAUCGGAAGCCUCGAGCCGUCGAUGCGCCCCUUCCAAGACUUGAAUCAACUCGCCUUUGGACUCGCGGCCAGAUCUCCUCAGUCGAAGUCGAUUGGAUUUCGAUUUCUUCUGUUGGACCCAAGAGCCCCUCUAUCGCUUCCGUAUCCGAAGCAAGCUCAGCGCCUUCAUCUCCUAUGUCUGAUUCGUCAUCGGUUAAGACGACCACUACCAAGGCAUCCUCAGCUAAGAGCUUCUUCAGUGGCUUGUUUGGGCGAAAGAAGAAGGAACCGGAAGCCCCCAAGGCUCCUCAGGAUUCUCUGGAGGCAGAGCCUGAAAUCCCCGCUGUGCCGGAAUUGCCGAAGGAAUUCGUAGUGAAGAACUUGGACGAGGUACCCCACAAGAAGCCGGCGCAUACUUCCCUCCGCAAAUCGCACCGCCAGAGCGUCGCUUAUCGAGCGGACUGGGAUGGAGCGCUACGGGAAGCCAUCGCCGCUAGCUACCCCGAUACUACGGUCGCUUUAAGGGCUUCCUAUCCUCGGGAUUGGGAAGCUGAACUCAAAGAAGCUAUCAAGGCAAGCCACGUGCCAUUCAAGCUGACUCGCAAGCCCGCGUCUCCCAGAGCUUGGUCUGUUGCUCUCCAGAAAGCCAUUGUUGCCUCCUACCCCGAGAUCAGGUUCUCGCGGGGUCAAACACUACCGGCGCAAUGGACGGCUGAGCUCCGGGAUGCCAUUGCUAAGAGCUACCCGUCUCAGGUUGAGGACUUCGAUGUCACCGUCCGUCAUCCCGUCUUCAUGGGGUCUAUGGAGACGAUGGCUGAGACGGUCCACCCGGCAAUUGGACCGAAGGUUUUGAGGAGUAGAGGAAACUCAAGAAGCAAUGUAGCAAAGCCUGCUAGCUUCGACGUUGCUGUUCGACAUCCCGUAUUCUUUGGCUCCUUGGAAACUACCGCCCAAUCUGUUCAUCCAGCAAUCCCUACGAAGACACAAAAGCAAGAUGCAACGAGCGAAGCUGUGCCAGCACCUUUACUCUGGUCCAAGGCAGUGGCGACAGAGUCAGCGACAGAGGGUCAUCUAUGGAGCCCCAACAGCUCCGCACCUGAACUCCAGAAAACAUCUUUCAACGCUGAAAUCGACAUGGCGCACAGCCCACGUAAAGCAAAGGACACUGCCAAAAGUCCCGAGCUCAAGAUUGACUUUAGUGGGCAAAGCACGUGGAGACGCAGCGAAACUUCUCAGUUCCAGAAUAGGGACUGGUUGGACGACUCAAUGAAGAAGCGCUUCUCGCGCGUCGAGUUAAGGUACUAGACACCUACCUAGGUAGGUAGAAAAAAGAAAAGGAGGAAGGCUACGAAUUUCUAAGGGGUCGGUGUUAAAUGAGCGUUAUAUAUAAGAGCAUACUGCCUAACCUAGGAUAUACCCCUUGCACAAAUGUACAACAUCUAAUGGCUUUGUA